GAGGAGCGCUGUGGUAACCUGACCCUACAGCACCACAUGUUGGAGCCGGUUCAGAGGAUCCCUCGCUACGAGCUGCUGCUGAAAGACUACCUGCACCGUCUCCCUGACGACCAUGAUGACUUUCAACAUGCACAGAAAUCACUAGAGUUGAUCGCCACAGCUGCCGAGCACUCCAACACAGCCAUCAGAAAGAUGGAGCGUAUGCGUAAGCUGCUGAAGGUGUAUGAGUUGCUGGGAGGAGAGGAGGACAUCGUUAACCCUACUAACGAACUCAUCAAGGAGGGACACAUCCUCAAACUGUCGGCUAAGAACGGAACCUCACAGGACAGAUACCUCAUCCUGUUCAAUGAUAGGUUAUUGUACUGCGUCCCUAAACUGAGGCUGAUUGGCCAGAAGUUUGGGGUGAGGGCCAGGAUCAACGUGGAUGGGAUGGAGCUGAAGGAGAGCAGCAGUGUUAACGUUCCCAGGACCUUCCUGGUGUCUGGAAAACAACGGUCACUAGAACUACAGGCCAGGACUGAAGAAGAGAAGAAGGACUGGAUCCAGGCUAUCCAGGCCACCAUUCAGAGACAUGAACAGACGCUAGCCACGUUCCACCAUCUCAACUGCUCUCUCCGAGAUGAGGACUACACUCCUCCCAACUCACCUAAUUGUUCCGAGCUGGGGAAGCGUGCCCCCACUCCGAUCCGUGAGAAGGAGGUGACUCUGUGUAUGAAGUGCCAGGAGCCGUUCAACUCCAUCACCAAGAGACGCCACCACUGCAAAGCCUGUGGACACGUGGUGUGUGGAAAGUGUUCAGAGUUCAGGGCCCGUCUGCUCUACGACAACAACAGGGCUAACAGGGUGUGCAUCGACUGCUACACAACCCUAGUGGGGGUUCCCCCCUCCCCCGCCAGUCUGACCUGCAGCAUAAACAGACGACGGUCAAUACUAGAGAAACAGGCGUCGGUGGCAGCAGAGAACAGUGUGAUGUGUAGCUUCCUCCACCACAUGGAGAAGGGAGCAGGCAGAGGCUGGCAGAAAGCCUGGUUUGUCAUCCCAGAGAAUGAACCACUGGUGCUGUACAUAUACGGUGCUCCUCAGGAUGUGAAAGCCCAGCGCUCUGUCCCUCUGAUUGGCUUCGAGGUCUCCCUUCCUGAGUCAUGUGACCGCCUGGAACGCCGCUUUGCCUUCAAAAUCAGCCAAUCCCACCUUACGCUCUACUUCAGUGCUGAUGGGGAGGAGCUACAGCGCCGCUGGAUAGAGGUCCUAUCACGCGCAGGGAGAGGGGAGGAGCUACAGGCUCACGGUUCAAUUACAGAGGCCCUAGAGGAGGAAGGGGAGGAGACUGCAACCUCGGGAGAGAAUACAUGAUUGAUUUUGAGGCGUACAAUCAAUAUUAGAUCUGUUCUCGAAAGACACAAAACUACAAACUGUACAGAACAUGAGCAGCACACGCACAGUUUAAAACUUACAUACACACACAGGUAGACACACACAGGUACACACACGCACAGUUUAAAACUUACAUACACACACAGGUAGACACACACAGGUACACACACACACAGGUACACACACACAGGUAGACACACACAGGUAGACACACGCACAGUUUAAAACUUACAUACACACACAGGUAGACACACACA